AUGCCGAAGGGACCCAAGCAGCAGCCGCCGGAGCCCGAGUGGAUUGGGGAUGGAGAGAGCACGAGCCCCACAGACAAAGUGGUGAAGAAAGGGAAGAAGGACAAGAAGACCAAAAAGACGUUCUUUGAGGAACUGGCAGUAGAAGAUAAACAGGCUGGGGAAGAAGAGAAAGUGCUCAAGGAGAAGGAGCAGCCGCAACAGCAACAGCAGCAGCAAAAAAAGAAACGAGACACCCGAAAAGGCCGGCGGAAGAAGGACGUAGACGAUGAUGGAGAAGAGAAAGAGCUCAUGGAGCGUCUUAAGAAGCUCUCAGUGCCAGCCAGUGAUGAGGAGGAUGAGGUACCUGCCCCAAUACCCCGAGGAGGGAAGAAAACCAAGGGUGGUAAUGUUUUUGCAGCCCUGAUUCAGGAUCAAAGUGAGGAUGAGGAGGAGGAAGAAAAACAUUCUCCCAAGCCUGCCAAGUUGGAAAAGAAUCGGAUUAAUAAGGCUGUAUCUGAGGAACAACAGCCUGGGCUGAAGGGCAGAAAGGGAAAGGAAGAGAAGUCAAAGGGGAAGACCAAGCCUCAAAAUAAAUUUGCUGCUCUGGACAAUGAAGAGGAGGAGGAUGAAGAAGAAGAAAUAACAAAACAAAAGGAGCCACCCAGACAAGGGAGGGAGAAGACCAUGAAGGCAGAGCAGGGUUCAGAGGAAGAAGGAGAAGAGGAGGAAGAAGAAGGGGAGUCUAAGACUGAUGAUCCUUAUGGGCACCUUAGCAAAAAGGAGAAGAAAAAGCUAAAGAAACAAAUGGAGUAUGAGCGCCAGGUGGCUUCAUUAAAAGCAGCCAAUGCUGCUGAAAAUGAUUUCUCCGUGUCCCAAGCAGAGGUGUCCUCCCGCCAAGCCAUGUUAGAAAAUGCAUCUGACAUUAAGCUGGAGAAGUUCAGCAUCUCGGCCCACGGCAAGGAGUUAUUUGUCAACGCAGACUUGUACAUCGUAGCUGGCCGCCGCUAUGGGCUAGUGGGACCCAACGGCAAGGGCAAGACUACUCUCCUCAAGCACAUUGCCAACCGGGCCUUGAGCAUACCUCCCAACAUUGACGUGCUGCUGUGUGAGCAGGAGGUGGUAGCAGAUGAGACGCCAGCUGUGCAGGCUGUUCUUCGGGCCGACACCAAGCGAUUGAAACUGUUGGAAGAGGAGCGACGGCUCCAGGGGCAGCUGGAGCAGGGAGAUGAUGCAGCUGCUGAGAGGCUAGAGAAGGUAUAUGAGGAAUUGCGGGCGACUGGGGCAGCAGCUGCAGAGGCCAAAGCCCGGCGGAUCCUGGCUGGUCUGGGCUUUGACCCUGAAAUGCAGAAUCGGCCCACACAGAAGUUCUCUGGGGGCUGGCGCAUGCGUGUCUCCCUGGCCAGGGCAUUGUUCAUGGAGCCCACGCUGCUGAUGUUGGAUGAACCUACCAACCACCUGGACCUCAAUGCUGUCAUCUGGCUCAAUAACUACCUCCAGGGCUGGCGGAAGACAUUGCUCAUCGUUUCCCAUGACCAGGGCUUUCUGGAUGAUGUCUGCACCGAUAUUAUUCAUCUCGAUGCCCAGCGGCUCCAUUACUAUCGGGGCAAUUACAUGACCUUCAAGAAGAUGUAUCAGCAGAAGCAGAAAGAACUGCUGAAGCAGUAUGAGAAGCAGGAGAAGAAGCUGAAGGAGCUAAAGGCAGGUGGCAAGUCCACCAAGCAGGCGGAAAAGCAAACAAAGGAAGCCCUGACUCGAAAGCAGCAGAAAUGCCGGCGGAAAAACCAAGAUGAGGAAUCACAAGAGGCCCCCGAGCUCCUGAAGCGCCCCAAGGAGUACACUGUGCGCUUUACUUUCCCUAAUCCCCCACCGCUCAGCCCUCCUGUGCUGGGUCUGCAUGGUGUGACGUUUGGCUAUGAGGGGCAGAAACCACUCUUUAAGAACCUGGAUUUUGGCAUUGACAUGGAUUCAAGGAUCUGCAUCGUGGGCCCUAACGGUGUGGGGAAGAGCACCCUGCUUCUGUUGUUGACGGGCAAGCUGACACCAACUCAUGGAGAAAUGAGAAAGAACCACCGGUUGAAAAUUGGCUUCUUCAACCAGCAGUAUGCAGAACAGCUGCGCAUGGAGGAAACACCCACUGAAUAUCUGCAGCGGGGCUUCAACCUGCCCUACCAGGAUGCCCGGAAGUGCCUAGGCCGCUUUGGCCUUGAGAGUCAUGCCCACACCAUCCAGAUCUGCAAACUCUCUGGUGGGCAAAAAGCCCGAGUUGUGUUUGCUGAGCUGGUUUGUCGGGAACCCGAUGUCCUCAUCUUGGAUGAACCCACCAAUAACUUGGACAUUGAGUCUAUUGAUGCUCUUGGGGAAGCCAUCAAUGAAUACAAGGGUGCUGUGAUCGUCGUCAGCCAUGAUGCCCGACUCAUCACCGAAACCAACUGCCAGCUGUGGGUGGUGGAGGAGCAGAGUGUAAGCCAGAUCGAUGGUGACUUUGAGGACUACAAGCGGGAGGUAUUGGAGGCUCUGGGUGAAGUCAUGGUCAUCAGACCCCGAGAGUGA